AUGGCCCUAAAUGACCCCAUUUCUCGCCCCACAGGUGACUCUGAAGACGACUCUGCCCCCAGGAUGGAUGGACAGCAGGACCUCGAUGCCGUGGGGCAGACCCAGCACGUGGGCGGCCUGAGCAGCGACGAGGAAGAGAUGGGACAAUGCGGGGACACGAGUGUGGGGCAGUGCCGCUACCAGCGCCGCUGGGUCACGCUGGACUCGCAGUGUCUGCGCUACUUCCACAGUGACAAGGCCUCGUUCUCGACGCGGUUCGUGUCCCUGUGCGGUCGCUGCUCCGUGUCGGCUCUGGGCGCGCUGCGCUUCCAGCUGCUGACCCCGGGACGGAGCUUCGUGUUCAGGGCGGACGGCGACGGUGAGUGAGCGGGAGGGACGGGACACACGGCCGGGAACGGGCGGC